ACCUAAAAAAUAUUAUGCGAAUAAAUGUAAACUUUUGCUUUUAACUAAUAAAAUGAAUUAAUUACUGUAUGAAAAUGAAAAAAACUUAUAACCCUUGUGUUAUUAUUUUAUAUGUAUAAAAUAGAAUAAUGGAAAAGCAAGAAAGGUUACAAAGAAUUAAAGCUGGCGCUUUCCUAGCGUCAGUGGCUGGAAUAUCAGCUUUCGUAGGAUUCGGAGCAACUGUAGCCGCAGCUAAAAAAACAGACCCCAAAUAUUUCAACAAAGGUUUACAUGGCAGUGUAGAACUAGCAGAUGCUGGCGCCAUAUUAGCAUUAAGAGCUUUAGGUUGGGGAUCACUAUAUGCCAUUGCUGGCACCUCAUGUUUUUGUUAUGGAAUAUGGAAAUUAUCAGGUGCUAAAGAUCUAAAAGAUUUCAGAAUCAAAAUGGGUAGCAUACUUCCUGUGCUUCCUAAGAAUAACCCACCACAGUCUCGAACAGAAUUUACUGGAAUGAAUGAUUUACUCACAUAUUUAUCAGAAGAAUAUGGCAAGAAGAAAUGAAAGGGUUUAACUUUUUAUUUUAUACAUUGAGAGUGUAUAAUUUAGCUUUUUAUUUUAUAGAUUUAUGUACAAAUUAGCCAGUGUAAUGUAGAAUAUUUAUUUAUUGUGAUAAAUCUUGUUUGAUUAUGAA